AUGAAUAUUGAUCAUUCAAAUAUCAGUAAUUAUUGUUCAUAUUUGCAUUCAAUUAUUAAUGAACAAUCACUUCAUGAUCAAUCAUCUUCAUGUAUGAAUAUUGAUCAUUCAAAUAGCAGUAAUUCUCGUUAUAGUUUUGAUUUUGAGCUCUCCAAUACUAAAACUUUUAAGCUUGAUCCUUAUGAUAAGUUGAUACAUAAGAAGCCUUUCAAAGGAUUGUUGUUUGAUUCGUUGUACAUUGGUCUUGACUUUUACAAGACUUAUGGUCAAGAAUCUGGUUUUGAUGUGAAUAUGUCAAGUAAAAAAAGAUACAAUGAUGAUGUUAAGAGAAGGAGAACUUCUUCUAAGAAGAACGAAUUCCCUGUUGUUUCAAAGUUCAAGAAUCUCCGAUGUUCUUUAAUGUUCUACAUUUAUGUGUUUGUUGAAGAUCACAACCAUGAACUUGUUUCUCAAGAUAAGUUGCACUUAUUAAGGAUUAAUAGGACAAUGGAUUUUCUUGAUGAAUCCUUUGUACAUACGGUUGGUACUUGUAACAUUGGUGCUUCAAAAGAUUAUAACUUGGUGAGUAAUAUGAAUGGUGACUUUGAUUCUAGGGGAAUGACUGCAGUUGACUUUAAAAAUUUUCGUAGAGAUUUAAAUUCUAAAAUUGGCGUCAAAGAUUCCCAAAUGGUUGUGGAUAUAUUGACAAACAGAAAUUUGUGUUUCUCUAAUUUUUCAUUUGAGGUCCAAAAAGAUGUUGAUGAUCAUCUUACUAGACUUUUUUGGGCUGAUGAUACUUCGAAAGCCAACUAUAAAGAAUUUGGAGAUGUACUAUCUUUUGAUGCUACUUAUCAAACAAAAAGUAAUUCUUAA